UCGAGAUUCUGAUUAUUUGAAAAGAAAGAUUGUGAAUAUUGUAAAAGCGCAUGCUCCUUCUCACCGGUCAUCAAGCUGUGGCUGUUUGUUGUGUAUUGUUGUUGCCACCUUCUUCCCUCUAGCGGGAAACUUACAUCCUUUAACGGUUUAUAAUUAAUUGAAGGAUAUUGAAUUUGAAGUGGUUUGCAUGCUUUUUAUUUUUGGUGAAUUAAGCGUUUAUGUGUCGGGAGUUAUGAGAUUAUUGUAUUUACUAGCUUCUAAUGGUGCUGGUAACCGUUUAGUUGUGUUUGAUAAAUCUCAAAUACUGUGUUGGUAAAAUGCCAUCCAAUUACUUUUCGAGGCUCGGAACUGCGAUUCACAGUUCGGUUUUAGGGAAAGAAACUGGAAUUCAGGACUCUGCUGAAGUUCUUUUUGGAUUAGGGAAGUUGUGGUUUGGUGGUUCUAAGUUUUUUCAUUCUGUGAAUAAAUCAACUUCAUCUUGUUUGGAGGCAACCCUGUUAGUUCGUCCCGGGGUUGAUUUAGUUUCAAGUCCUGAAUCUAUAGGCAAAAGAAAAACCUUGUCUGUAGUUGAUACGGUGUCUCGAACGUUUUCGGUUCCGUCUGUAUCCGGGCCUUCGAUUCAGGUCUGUGGAUACCACAUUGAUUGUAACCUUUCUGGAACAGAUAAGUUUUCAGCUGGUGCCAAGUUUCAGAUUAAAACAAUGGCUGCUCGAUUACCUGGGACUUUUGUUGGUGAAUGCUCUGUAGAUAACUUGACUCUGAAGCGUGGUAAGGGUUUGAAGAAUAGGACUAAUGUCUUCUUGAACACUGGUUUGGGGAAUGGUAGAAAGUUGAGCAUGAGUUUGAAUAACCAUCAGCAGCCAGAUAGCCAUGCAAUUUUUGGCUAUUUUGUUUGUAAUGUUGCAAAGAGUUGGCACAGUUCUUUCCGUUACACGCAGUCAGGGUAUGGAGAUUUCCAUAGUUCGUCAACAUCAUGUGACUCUGUUGGUCCUGCACAUGAUGUGCCUUUUGACACUUCUGCCCGUGAGCAGAAGCUAACGAAUUCUGCAGAUUCAACCGAACUGAAAUCUCCUUCUGGGAAUACCCUGAAGUUGGUAUCAGGAUCAUGCUAUUUGCCUCAUCCUGAUAAAGAAGAAACUGGUGGAGAAGAUGCUCAUUUUAUAUGUUCUGAGGAACAAGCAAUAGGGGUGGCAGAUGGUGUUGGUGGCUGGGCAGAUCUUGGUGUUGAUUCUGGAUAUUAUUCUCGUGAGCUCAUGUCCCAUUCAGUGGAUGCUAUUCAGGAGGAGCCCAAAGGUUCAGUUGACCCAGCUAGGGUGCUGGAAAAAGCACACUCAAGUACAAAAGCUAAGGGGUCAUCUACAGCAUGCAUCAUUGCACUUACUGAUCAGGGGCUUAAUGCUAUUAAUUUGGGAGACAGCGGGUUUAUGGUUAUCCGUGAUGGUUGCACCAUAUUCCGGUCUCCAGUGCAGCAGCAUGAUUUCAAUUUCACCUAUCAGUUGGAGUGUGGUAGAAAUGGUGAUUUACCUAGUUCUGGUCAGGUGUUUACAGUAGCUGUUGCUCCUGGAGAUGUCAUAGUCGCUGGUACGGACGGGCUGUUUGAUAACUUGUACAAUAAUGAGAUUACAGCAGUGGUGGUUCACGGCGUAAGAGCUGGCUUAAGCCCUCAGGUCACAGCUCAGAAGAUAGCUGCAUUGGCACGUCAACGGGCACUGGAUAAAGACAGACAGACUCCUUUCUCAACUGCUGCUCAAGAUGCUGGAUUUCGUUACUAUGGUGGCAAGCUUGAUGAUACCACAGUUGUUGUUUCUUAUAUUACCGGUUCUGGAGAUGCGUAAAUUUGUUUUGCCGUGUCCCCUUUGUAUAUAUACACACAUUUUGUCCUCAGGUGAUUACUUUGGUAUUUUAAGUGAUUAAGUUUUGUUAGUCACAUUCUGUUGAGAUAUGUGUUUUGAAUUUUAAAUCUCCUUCGGCCAUUUUAUCUUCCGGUUGGGUUUUUCCAACCGUCUUGUUCCUAAAAUGUGAAAAUUUUAUGUCUAGUUGGACUUAAAUGAAAUAAAAUGUUAAGGUUGACGAAUGAUGUAUUGAGUCUAUUCACUUUUGGGUUGACAUUGUUCUUGAUACCAGUGUUGUAAUUAAAUCAAAUAAACGAAUUUUGUCUGAUA